AUGGAUGGACAUGGUCAGACUAAUGAUGUUCAGGCAGAGCUGGAAUCGGUGGAGGCAGAGCUGGAACUGGUGGAACUCCAGAUAGCGGAGCUGGUUGAAAAGAAAACGGAGCUGACAUCCCGCAAAAACUCGCUGCUGUGCAUACUAGAGGAAGCAUGUGACGCUGCAUCAGGUUCCUCAAGCCAAUCUUCUAGAACUGCUUCUGAAAUGAGCAAAGAGGAGCUGCAACACUAUGAUGGCCUAGAUUUUUCCUGGUCCAAAAACGUUGCGCACCACCUCAAUGAGUCAUUCCACCUUUCGAAAUUCAGACCACUGCAAAUGAGGGCCAUCAAUCUGACUCUUUCUGGAAAGGAUGUAUUCCUGGUGAUGCCGACAGGUGGAGGGAAAAGCCUCUGCUAUCAGCUACCUGCAGUCUGCUCCAACGGUUUUACACUGGUUGUGACUCCUCUUAUAUCUCUGAUGGAGGAUCAAAUCAUGUACCUGAAGUCCAUCAACGUGGCAGCAGAAAUGCUCAAUGCUUCGAGUACCAAGGACCACUCUAAGACUGUUUUAGCUGGUAUGAUUGACAAAAACGCCCCGUUUAAGCUUCUGUACGUGACUCCGGAGAAAAUCGCCAAAAGCAAGAUGUUCAUGUCUCGUCUGGAGAAGGCCAACAACGCCAAUCUUCUGAGUCGUAUCGCUGUCGAUGAGGUGCAUUGCUGCAGCCAAUGGGGACACGACUUCAGACCAGAUUAUAAACUGUUGGGCAUUUUGAAGAGGCAGUUUCCUAAAGUCCCAGUGAUUGGGCUAACAGCUACAGCUACUAGCGGUCUCCUCAAAGACUGUGGCGAGAUCCUGUGUAUAAAAAACCCAAUCACACUCAGAGCCUCAUUCAACAGAACCAAUCUCUAUUAUGAGGUUCGCGCUAAAACGUCAGAGGACUUAUUGAUAAAAGACAUCGCUUCGCUGGUAAAGAAUCGAUACAAGGAUCAGUCAGGGAUUAUAUACGUAUUCUCUCAGAAGGACGCAGAGUCUGUGUCCUCUCAACUCCAACAGAGGGAUAUCUCGGCCGCUCCCUACCACGCCAACUUGAACCCUGACGAGAAGUCUCGCACUCAUCGCAGGUGGAUUGCCGGCAAAAUUCAGGUGGUGGUAGCCACUGUGGCAUUUGGCAUGGGAAUCGACAAACCUGAUGUCAGAUUCGUCAUCCAUCACACCAUUAGCAAAUCUGUUGAAAACUACUACCAGGAGAGUGGACGGGCAGGCCGAGACGAUCUUCUAGCCGACUGCAUCGUCUACUUUGGCUUUGCUGACAUCUUCCGCGUCAGCACAAUGGUCGUCAUGGAGAAUGUCGGUCAACAAAAGCUCAAUCAGAUGGUCACCUACUGCCAGAAUGUGGACAGGUGUCGUCGCUCUCUUUUGGCAGUACAUUUUGACGAAGUGUGGGAUGACAAACAAUGCAACAAGAUGUGCGAUACGUGCCGCGAUGGGAAAGAUGUCAUCUCCACCAACAUUACCGAACACGCCAGACAGGUGGUUCAAAUUUUAGAGCUAGCGGCAUCCAUGGAUGAGAAGCUAACGCCACUAAAAUUAGUGGAGGCCUGGAUGGGGAAAGGGCCUGCCAAGCACCGGAAGUCAAUCGAGACCACCACGCUGUCUCGACACCAGGCUGAGAGUGUGAUUGUCCAACUGCUACUGCAGGGGUACCUUAGGGAAGAUUUUAGUUUCACGCCAUACACGACCCACUUUUACCUCAUGCUGGGCCGCAAAGCUCCCUUGUUAAAGAGUGAAAGUCACAUUCUGAAUAUGAAGAUGCUGUCGCAAUUUUCUCAGUCUUCAUUGGAUGGGCCAGCUCCUAGUGAGGAGAUCAUUGGUAUGGUCCUGUCAAGGAAAGCUAACAUAAGCGCAACUGGUAAGACAGACAAAAGAACAGUCAUGACGUCCCAAAAUGUCAUUGAAGUGAGCGUUGAGAUCAGUACACCAGUUAAGUCUUCCAAACGUAAAUCCACCACCCCUCAAAGAGCGAGAAAGAAACCCCACGCUGUCCCCGGUUCGCCGUCCCCGUCCUCCUUUAUUUCGGAAACUGCAGUCGAAGAACUGAGUGACUUGCGAGACUACUACCGGAAUCAGCUUCGGAGAAUAAAUUACAUCUCCCAUGAGUAUUUGGGGCAGCCGGACGAGUCGGGGAUGCUGGCGUGCAUCCGGGAACCCUUGAAGUCCUUGCGGCUGCCUCGUGGAAUGACCAUCGCGCAGACCGCUCGCAGCUUGUGGACACGGGUCAGCGGUCGGAGGAAGUUGGUCCACCGGUGA